AUGUAUUUAGAUUUUACAGGUGUUUCUAACACUACUUUAGAUACACUUUCUGAUUUAGGUAUAACCAUUACAUCUCAUUCAAUUACACGAUAUAAGACCGAUGCAUCUAAAGAACAUUAUGGGCUUGUUAAUACUAUACUUACUCAACAUAUAGAAAAGGCAAUAGUAUUAAAUAUCGAUGACUAUCAUAAUAUUUAUACGAAAUGGGUACCAAACAUCACUACGACCUCUAAUGCUGCACAUCUUGCAACAAUUUUGAUGAAUCCAAUUAUUACACAAAAAGCUAUCCCACAACUAAAUAUACACAAUUCCAAAUUGGUUAAUGCCAAAUCUAUUAAAAUAAAUUUAGAAAAUAGAUUUAUGGAGUUAUAUGAUCUUUCAUAUAAUCAACGCUGGGGAUUUUAUGCAAUUGACGACAAUACAAGAUUAGAAGAACUAAUCGUGCAUAGUUAUGAUAUCCGAUUACAAGAGAAAUGUCAUAUCCGUUCCAUGAAAGAUAUCAUUCUUAUUGAUCUUCAAAAAAAUACGCUUCAUUCUUUGGAUGAAUAUAUUCAAGCCAUUAAUGCUGUCACAAAUAUUCCAUCUAUGUAG